ACAGGCAACUCUUUUGCUUAUUACCAUUGUAGACAUGAAGUCCCUUCUCGUAGCUCUCUUCUCUUUGUUUUUGUUUUCUACAACUAUAGAAUCAAGAGGAGGUGCCGGAUUUGACUGGCCAACUAAGGAAGACCCCCAGGUUGACGUUUCUGUUUCAACUCCAAGAGCUUUACGAUGGGGAGGUCCAGGAAUUGAGUCAAUUGACUGGCAAGAUAUCAUGAAAGAUGAACGUAUGGGAAAUUUCUUUGUUGAGGUUUUUGAUUCAAAACCAAAAACUAUAGGAUCAAUAAGAGGUGAAGAAAUUGAGUCAGUUGAUUGGAAAAAUAUCAUGAAAGAGCAACCUAGGUGGAACCUAGUUGUUGAGGUUUCCGAUACAGCACCAAAAACUAUAGGAAAAACAGAGUCAAUUGAAUGGAAAAAUAUGAUGAAACAGGAACCCACGGAGGACCUCCUUGUUGAUGUCUCUAUUUCAACGCAGGAAGAGAAAGCCUACCGCCGUGAAAAUGUAAAGAAACCUUUUGAUGAGUUCAGGCCCUAUAUCUCAGCUUACGGCCGCGAAGAUGAAAGCAAAGUAGAAUACUAUGCCAAAGACAUUGAACCACAACCUAAGUCUGAUCGGGCUUACACUCGCAAGCAGCCAUUUAGAGCAAAACAAGCCAAGCAAAUAUUUCCAUCUACGAUUACUACGAGAAACUGAAGGAAAUUUAAAGAGUUAAUAUUACCUCCUCCGUUGUACACCUAAAACAACAAAUAAAGUUGUAAUAAAGCUUCCAUGUAUUAAGAAAGAUACAGCUAUUAGCUCGGAGAGAAUUAAUUCUAUGUUUUAUG